CAAAACAAAGUGCAUGCGGAGAAGGGUGCAGAGGUUAAAAUCUUUAAUAACAGACAAACAACGUCAGAUAAGCAUUAGUAACUUUAACACAGAGCAGUAAACAUGAAGGUCUACAUGCUGGCCCUGGUAUGGGCCGGUAUUCUGCAAAACGUGCACGGGAAAAAGGGACAUAUUAUAACUGCACCUAGACAAUUACAUACAGGGCGACCAACAAAGGUUUGCGCUCAGUUUUAUGAGCUUGAGGAUAGUGAUGUCUCUGUAAAUAUCCAGUUGAUCGAACAAAGAUGGGGAGAAGAUGACAAGUUAACUACAUCUGCCACACAGAUUUUUGAAAAAGGUACUGCGGGCUGUCUCCAACUUGAGAUUCCCUCUAAAAAGCCUGAUGGUUGGCCAAGCUUCUACCUCAACGCAAGUGUUACCACGGUAAAUGACGAAGACACAAAUGCUGCCAUCUACAGAAGUAAAUCAUCGAGAAAGGUCCAGUUGCGAGAAAUCACUCCAUUGGUUAGGUUUAUAGAGACUGAUAAACCAAUCUAUAAACCCGGCCAAAGAUUAAUGUUCAGAGUGCUGACUCUUACCAGAGAAGAUCUGAAACCUCAAACAGAUGAUCUUGAUGAAGUUACAGUGAUGGAUCCAACUGGGUCAAGACUCAGACAAUGGAAAAAUACAAAAACUGAAAAAGGUUUGGCCAGUUUUGAGAUGCCCCUAUCUGAAGAACCAGUGCUUGGUACUUGGACUAUUAAAACAGAAAGUGGUGGAUACUCUGAUACACGAAAGUUUGAUGUGAAGGAAUAUGUUCUCCCAAAGUUUGAAGUUCUCAUCAACCCUCCCGCUGCUGUCCUUAUAAAUGCAACCAGCUUUGACCUUGAAAUCUGUGCCAAAUACACUUAUGGUAAACCAGUGAAAGGGAAAAUGUUCAUAGAUGUUGAUGUCCUGCAACAGUCUUACUAUGGCAGAAUAGAAAAACUGACUCUUCCUCCACCAGUUGAAGAAUGGGAAGAGGAAAUAGAUGGUUGUGUCACUAAGACGAUUCAAGUGGGACAAUUCAACGAUACACUCAAUUUCUGGGGAACCUGUAACCUCAAUGUUUUGGUGAUGGUAAAAGAGGACGCCACUGGUGUUGUGCUUAAUGCCACACACAAGACAAUGGAGUUCAUUAAAGAGCCGUUCAAAAUUGAUUUGGAAGGUCUACCUAAACACUUUAAACCUGGAAUGCCCUUCACAGGAAAUGUCCAUGUGAACAAGCCAGAUGGUUCACCUGUGAUUGGUGAACAAAUAGAACUGGAAAUUAGACCAUACGCUUAUGCUAAGUUUGCCAAGAAUUUCACAACAGACUCUAAUGGAGGUUUUCACAUUAAUGUCCUACUUGAGGGGAAUGAAACCACUCUCAAUAUUAAGGCACGGGCACCCAGAUAUGACCAACUAGGCAAGCCAUAUGAUGACAUAAAUUACAAUCUCCAAGUGAGGAUGCCGAUUGCUAACUCCAUGACAAAGCGUUGGUACUCUCCUUCACAGAGCUUUAUUCAGGUAGAACCAAUUCAGAAUGCUGUUGCCUGUGAUGAGAGUUUGAGGCUCAAAAUUGAUCAUUCAUACGUACCUGAAAAUUCAGAUGAUGAGAUCAAGUUGCAGUACCAGGUGAUGUCACGUGGCAAUAUACUCAAGGUGGGAACUCACAGUCAUAAAGUUCAAGGACAUUUGGCUGAAGAUUCUUCACAUAAAGUCGAGCGCUUCCACCUCACCAUCCCAGUUACAAGUGAAAUGUCACCGAAGUUCCGCGUCCUCGUCUAUUACGUAAGAGCGGAUGGGGAGACAGUUGCUGACUCAGCAACAUUUACUACUGAGAAAUGCCUACCAAAUAUGGUCUCUGCGAGAUUUGCUGAUGCUGAAAAACGACCUGGUGAUGAUGUCACUAUGAACAUUGUUGCAUCACCGGAUUCUCUUUGUUCAGUCGGAGUUGUUGAUAAAAGUUUAACAAUUCUUAAAGCCUCAGAAAAUAUGGACUUUAGUAAGGUGUUUGGAAUUCUGGAAGAAUCAGAUAGCGAUACAUACUACGAGGACAGUGAUUAUGAAUAUUGUGAGAAGAAACUUGCAGAAGAAGAUGACGAUGACGAAGAUGAAGAUGAUAACAUCGCCAUUGAUGAAGAAUUUCCACCACUACCUGAUAUAGGUAUUCCUUUGGCGGAUGAUGGGCCUGCUCCUCCUGGUGCCCCAGUGCAAUCUGAACGUGGUGCCCCAAGGAAAAAGAGAUCAUAUUGGAGGCCAAACUAUUCUGAUCAGUAUGACGCCAUAAGGGCUUUCCAGGCUGCUGGUCUUGCAGUGCUGAGUGAUUUAGAGAUUGAGACAAGGCCAUGCCUCAAACGUGACUAUCAUUAUGAGCCCAUAUACAGAGGAUUAGGGGGUGCCGGUCCUCGGGGACGUGUAAAUGUCCCUGUGUUUGAACAAGAAACUGAUGAUGCUGCAGUCCCUAAAUCAGCGCCAUCUAGUGACACCGGGUCAGCUACACUUCGGGCAUUUUUCCCAGAAACCUGGCUGUGGCGUCUUGAAACCAUUGGAUCAACGGGAGAGGGGAACAUCGAUGUGACAGUUCCAGACACAAUCACUGAAUGGGUUGGGAAUGCAUUUUGUACCAACUCUGAGACUGGCCUCGGAAUCUCCCAGCCAAUAGCAUUGAAUGCAUUCCAGCCAUUCUUCGUGUCGUUCACCCUACCAUACGCUGUUGUACGUGGAGAGAAGGUUCCUGUUAUUAUAACAGUGUUCAACUAUUUGAAGGAAUGCCUAAUGAUCAAGUUAAGCCUUGAAGAAUCUGAAGCUUUUACUUUAGAGGAAGGAACCAAAGAUGUCUUAAAGUGUGUUUGUGGGGGACAGGCAGUCUCUCAUUCAUAUCUCAUAGCACCCACAGAACUAGGACAAGUCAAUAUUACAGUUAAAGCUGUAUCCACUGAUGAACUUGGUCCAAAUAACGCCAACAGUGAUUGUGAUAACAACUUGGCAUCCAGGUCGUACUUAGGAGUCCAAGAUGCCGCUGUGAGACCUCUCUUAGUUGAGGCUGAGGGUGUUCCGCAGGAGUAUACAGAGACAUAUUUUGUCUGUCCAGAUAGCCCUGAACAAGGGAGCAGUGGAACCAUCACAUUUAAAUUACCUGAAAAUGCAGUACCCGACUCUGAAAGAGCCUAUGUUACUGCUAUUGGGGACUUGAUGGGUCCUACUUUGUCUAACAUUGCCAAGUUGAUCAGGCUACCAACUGGUUGUGGGGAACAGACCAUGCUCAGCUUUGCGCCAAAUAUCUACAUCAUGGAAUAUCUGCAGGCCACCAAUCAGCUUACUGAUAAACUAAAGGAGACAUCUGAGGAGUACAUGAUCAAAGGUUACCAACGUGAAUUAACUUAUCGUCAUGACGAUGGCACAUACAGCGCAUUUGGCAAACGUGACGACUCUGGCAGCACAUGGCUAACUGCAUUUGUCGUAAAAUCUUUUGCGAGGGCCCAAAAGUACAUCACAGUUGACAAAAAGGAUUUGGACAAAUCAGUGAAGUGGUUUGUAAGCCAACAGAAUCGUGACGGAUGUUUCCCAAGUGUUGGUAAAGUUCUACAUAAGGACAUGAAGGGAGGACUGAGUGAUGGAGGUUCUGGAUCUACAUUGACUGCCUAUGUUACUGUUGCGUUACUAGAGGCUGGAUUAAACAAGACAGAUCGCAGUAUUCGACGUGCUGUGUCUUGUAUGGUCCGACGUCAUCCACCCCGGCGAACUGACAAAUAUGGUGUUGCUAUGGUUACAUAUGCUUUAAUGCUUGAAAAUCCUAAUUCCGUCAAUGCUCAGCGUUAUCUUCGACUUCUCAAUAGUUUAGCUGUUAAUAAAGAUGGCAUGAAGUACUGGCAGUCUGCCCCUGCCCCACCUUCACAAGAUGAUGCCCCAUUCCAUAAAGCAAAAUCUGCCGAUGUUGAAAUCACAUCAUACGCAUUACUCUCCCUUCUCCUAAAAGGAGGAGAGAAUAUUGAAGCUGAGGUUAUGCCCAUUGUGCGCUGGAUUAGCCGACAACGUAACAGUAGAGGAGGAUUCGCUUCUACCCAGGACACAGUUGUUGCUCUCCAAGCCCUGGCCCAGUAUGCAGCCCUAGUAUAUGGUGACCAGGACAUCACUGUUGCUCUAAGUGGAUCCAUUCCCUCGACCAGUUUAGCCAUAAAUUCUGGCAAUAGUCUCCUCCUGCAGAAGGUUGAUGUGCCAUCUAUACCAUCCACCAUUGAGACUUACACUUCAGGAACAGGAUGUGCUCUGCUACAGGGUACCAUGAAAUACAACAUUUUCCCAGAGGAGGUAGAUGUCCCAGCAUUCCAACUGAGAGUCAAUCCCAGUGGUUUUGCCUGCAAGAAGCAGACCAUAAAAGUUUGUACAAGCUACCAAGGGCCAGGGGAUGAAUCCAAUAUGGCCGUAAUUGAGGUUAAAAUGCCAUCUGGCUGGUCACCGUUGAAGGAAACCGUAGAGCCAUUGUUGAAUGACAUUUUCCUUGGUCUCAAGCGGUAUGAGGUUGAUAAGAAUUUUGUCAGCUUCUACUUUGACUCUAUUAGCUCAGAGGAGAAGUGUCUGUCAUUUGUGGUGGAACAGUCAACACCUGUGAAGGAUUUGAAACCUGCAUCAGUUAUGGUCUAUGAUUACUAUGAUACAGAUUUAUCAUUGACCAAACUCUAUUCUCUGAAUCUGUGCCAGUCGGAAGAGCAACCAGGCAGACCAAGAACGUAGUUUAUGCUUCAUGACCUACAUCCACCUGCACCUACAACUUGCACCUACAAUUUGCAAAUACAAUCUGCACCUAUGACUUGCACCAAAUCAGUAUGAAAUUCAUAUAACCUGCAGCUAUUUUACUCUCGGAAAAACUAAAAUGGAAAAAAUAUUGUUUAGUUUUCAAAAUACUUUCUAAUUUAAUCUGAAUGAUACAUUGCUAUUAAUAAUAGCAAUGUAACUUAAUCAAUGGCUUUUGGACCAGACACAAAAACAGCCUUAUUGGAACUAUCUGAGCUCAUAGACAUUUUAAGCUCAUACCCUUUAUCUUUUUUGGAUUAAACCAUUUCUUGUAUUAUAUUAGUUAAGUAAGAAAUAAAAUAUUAUUUAUAGGGAUCA